AGUUGUGUGACAACCAGCAACGGAGCAGCAUCUUCUGACGUGCAAUCGUACGAAAUGCGUGUAAUAAGAUUGCGGACACACCUUCAGCGCGAGCUAUUAAACUGCGGGGUUUUCUUAUCAUCACUGCUGCUGCUGCUGCUAACCUUGACUGCAGUGACGUCGGCGUCACCAUCGCCGGGUGGGCACACAACAACCAGUUUUGAGCAGCUGUUCUCAACAGAUCCGAAUAAUGCGACCUUUACACCACUCUGCGAUGAUGUGCAAUUGAGGAAUGUGGCACAACAGGUUGCGCAGUUGAAGCUUUCCAGUGAGAACAUCUUUUUCCUGUUGGAAGCAUACAAUUUGAGGCUGGACAAUAUUAAAUUAUUAUUGGAUGCACGUUUGCCGGAAGUGAAGUCAAUGCCCCAUUGGAUUGACGUUCGCGUUGGUGAAGCUAGUAGCAGUGACGGAUCGGUUACAUCGGUACAACACUCUGCUGGUGGCGUUAGCAGUUCUGAUACGACCGCGACAGGUGGCAAUAAUAUAUAUUUACCGACUUCAAAAAGCUCGGAUGGAGGUGCUAACUUGCUUGUUUCGAGCUCACAAUCAUCAGCUGGUGGCGUUGAUUUACCUGUAAUUACGACGCAAUCAUCAGCUGGUGGUAUCAACUUACCUGCCACCAAUUCACAAUCCUCUGCUGGCGGUAACAAUAUUCAAGCGGCGCCUAUAAAUGAAACAGCAUCUGCAGCUUGUGGGUGCAAUAAGCAACAUCAACCGCCUUCAGAUCUAUAUGGCGCACAAUGCCCAUAUAGCAGCCCUGUGUUGUCAACUACAUGCGCAGAGGCCAUAGAACAAGCUGGUACUAAUGCUAAGAGUGGCAUAUAUCAUCUCUAUUUGCCCGAUGGUGGUCUGAAACCAUUCUAUGCAUAUUGUCUGCUGGAUCCAAAUGGCGGCCCAGCCUGGACUGUGAUACAGCGACGCCAAGAUGGCUCUAUUAAUUUUCACCGUACUUGGGAAGAAUAUCAGGCGGGUUUUGGCAACUGGAAUGGUGAAUUUUUUAUCGGCCUGGAGCGUUUACACGGCAUCACGCAUGCUCAGCUCAACGAGUUGUGGGUGCAAAUGGAGGAUUUUGAAAAUGUCACGCGUUAUGCCCGCUAUGAUAAUUUUGCCAUUGGCGAUGAGCACGAAGCUUAUGCACUGCAUUUAUUGGGUUCAUAUGAAGGCAAUGCCGGUGAUUCUUUGCGCGUUAGUCAGGGUCAGAUGUUCAGUACGAAAGAUGCCGACCAUGAUAUGUGGGAUCGAAACUGCGCUGUGGAGUACACAGGAGCUUGGUGGUAUAAGGCGUGUCAUGAUAGUAAUCUGAAUGGGCAGUACUUACGCGGCAAAUACGGUGCGGAUAAAUAUGGCAAAGGCAUUGACUGGACACAUUGGCAUGGUCAUGAGUAUUCACUGAAGUAUGUGCAUAUGGCUGUACGUCCAGUACAACAGAAAGUUUGAGUAUAAAAUUCCAUUCAUUGGGACAUCAGCGGAAGUCUCUAACCUUCACUUAUACAUUUGAAUUUUAUAACUGUACUGAAAUACUCAUUUAAUUUGUAAUAAAUUUCAUAGCACAAAAAGCA